CCCAUAAUGAAAUGCGGCGCGCGAACUUCAGAGGAAUAAACAGAAGGUAGUUUUAGGAUUGUUUUGUCGAUACUGAGGAAUAAAAAUGAGUAAAAAAGACUCUGGAGCUGCAGACCUUAUCCUGUCCUAUCUGAAUGAGAAGAACAGACCGUACAGCGCUCAGGAUGUCUUUGGUAACCUGCAGAAACAACACGGACUCGGAAAAACGGCAGUGGUGAAGGCCAUGGAGCAGCUGGCGCAAGAUGGCCGGAUUAGAGAGAAGGUCUAUGGCAAGCAGAAGAUCUACUUUGCAGAUCAGUCUCAGUUCGCUGACGUCAGUGAUGCAGAUCUGAAGCAGAUGGACUGCCGCAUCUCGGAGCUGAACAGCCAGGUGGAGGCGGUGAUGCAGAGCUGCCGGCAACUUGAUACAGAGCUGAAGGAGCUGAACAGCUCGCUGACCACAGCAGAGAUGACGACGCAGAUUAAGGAGCUGAAGGCCGAGUGUGAAGGCUGCAGAGCUCGACUGCACAAAAUCAAAACCGCCACCAAUCACAUCACGCCUGAGGAGAGCGAGAAGGUGUACAAAGAGAGAAGCCUCUACGUGAAGGAGUGGAAGAAACGCAAGAGACUGGCAACUGACAUGAUGGGCGCCAUUCUUGAGGGAUACCCGAAAAGCAAGAAGGAAUUUCUGGAGGAGGUUGGAGUGGAAACAGAUGAGGAUCACAAAGUGACGAUUCCUAACGUCUGACGCAACCCUGAGGCGGUAAUGACGCGUUUGAUGGAGAGGAGAUACUUGAGCAUCACUUAUUAUUUAUGAUGUGUGGGUGAAGGAAAACUGCCCAGAACUGUAAAUAGGUUUCAAACAUUAAAACAUUUAUUUUCCGAUUACAAAGAGUUCAUAUAAAAAUAUCGACGGAGAUCCUCUGGUUACAAUCGGCAGAAAUCUUAAGCACAGUGUGUCUGCGUCAGUUUUGCAUUGAGCUGCGAUUGCGUGCAACUUCCACCGUAUGGCUAAAGACAGAAAGAGUCCCUUUUCUUCCAGCACAGCACUGAUUGAUUAACCAUCUUUUUACGGAAAUAAGUCCUGAAUGUACAGAGAAGUCAGUUUUCCUGAGAGUAUCAUUUCCUUGUUUUUAGUUACUGUCUCAUUCAGUUACAGCCUUCGUGUUUGAUCCAGGCCUGGGUUUAAAUCCUUGUAUGUAAAUAAAAUAAACUGAUCAUCAAAA